GAACGGUCCAUUUAUAUAUAUAUAUAUAUUUAUGGAGAGAGAGCAAAUCUAAACAUCUUCAAAUCUCUCUUUGACCGUCGUACGCUCUCUCUCUCUCUCUCUCUCUUUCUCUCUUUGUUUUAAAGUUUUAAGAUUAGUAGAGAGGGAGACGCAUCAUCUCCUUUUCGCCGCUGUUGCAGGGAGACCCAGACUCAGUUGCUCUCUAUUUCUCUCUCACAACUUUUUCCCUCUUUUCUCUCUGCCAAAACUGCAAGACUUAUAAAUAAAGUCCAUCUCCAAGAAAAGAGAUGUAUGGGAGAGAGUUAUCUUUUAGUUUUACUUAUUAUUAAUAAUUAUUUUAUCGACUAUCUUUCUCUUCUCUUCCUCUUUCCUCAUUUCGAUAACUCCCCCUUAUUAACUCCUCUCUCUGUUCACAACCCCCCUCUCCCCCCCUUUCGCACCACCGAUCCGACGCCCACGAUCUCCUCGUCCUCCCAUCGUACGGCUAGGGCUCCCCUGUCAGCUUCCCCUCUACGUAAGUAUAUCUGCAAAAUAUAUGUAUUGCAUAUAAAUAUAUAAAUUUAUAUUUAUACUUUGAAAAUAUAAUAUAUAUAAAUAGGAAAAAAAGAAAAAAUUUGAAAUAUCGUGUAUUUUUAUUAGCCACCUUUCUUUUUACUAUCUCUAUCCAUCUUUUCUUAGAAUUAUUUCAAAUAUUCUUUAUCUGUAUACGUUUAUUUAUUAAUUAUUAUUAUUAAUCGGUAAUAAUACUGGUAUUUUUUUUCUUUAUACACCGUCUUCCCCGUCGCCAUUUUUGAAUCUGUUUUUGGCGUUCACUGUACGUAAUUCGUUUAUUUAAAUUUUUGCCGAGCUGGGUAUGGAGUAAAAAUGCGUUUUUUCUUUUUUCUGGGUUGAUGGUUGUGUCAAUUUAGGCGUUUUUAUUCAAUACAGGUGUUUGGUAUAAUCAGAAUAGGUGAUAGCAUGAUGGGUACUGUUUGAUUUUACCAUUGCUGUGAGAUUUUCUGGUUCCGGAAAUUUAUUUUUGUCAUUCGUUCCCUGAUUAUAUUGUUGAUAUAUAUGGGUGUGUGCGCGUGUGUUUGCAAGUAUCUACAUGAUGUACUGAUUUUCAUUUUAGACAUGUGGUGGAAGCUGUAAUUUGUAUUGAUUUGUGCAGUCUUUAGUGUUUGGCAGUAUUACAUGAUGAAGUGAGCAAGUUGCAUUGCUUAAACAUUAAGCAAUGGAACCUAAUGGUCAUAGGAGGGCAAGGAGAAAGGAUUCUGCUGUUCAAGCAAAUGGUAACGGCAGCUUAUCAAGUGUUGGUGAUGAACAUGAUCCAUGGACUGCAUGGGCAUACAAACCUCGUACCAUUUCAUUAUUACUUAUUGGUGCAUGUUUUCUUAUUUGGGCAAGUGGGGCUCUGGAUCCGGAAAGUAGGUCAUCUGGCAAUCUUGUUACUUCUGUGAAAAGGGGUGUAUGGGCGAUGAUUGCAGUUUUUCUUGCUUACUGCUUGCUGCAAGCCCCUUCAACGGUACUUAUUAGGCCACAUCCAGCAAUUUGGCGACUAGUUCAUGGGAUGGCGGUCAUUUACCUUGUUUGUCUCACAUUUUUGCUUUUCCAGAAACGUGAUGAUGCUCGGCAAUUCAUGAAGUUUCUCCAUCCUGAUCUUGGUGUUGAACUUCCUGAAAGAUCGUAUGGUGCUGAUUGCCGCAUUUAUGUGCCUGAAAAUCCAACCAGCAGGUUUAAGAAUGUUUAUGAAACCCUUUUUGAUGAAUUUGUUGUGGCUCAUAUAUUUGGAUGGUGGGGUAAGGCUAUAAUGAUUCGCAAUCAGCCCCUCCUAUGGGUGCUGUCAAUUGGAUUUGAGCUAAUGGAGCUUACUUUCCGCCAUAUGUUACCAAACUUCAAUGAGUGUUGGUGGGACAGUAUUAUCCUCGACAUUUUAGUCUGCAAUUGGUUUGGUAUUUGGGCUGGAAUGCAUACUGUUAGAUAUUUUGAUGGAAGAACAUACGAGUGGGUUGGUAUAAGCCGGCAGCCCAAUAUUAUUGGCAAAGUGAAACGAACAUUAGGACAAUUUACGCCAGCACAGUGGGACAAAGAUGAGUGGCAUCCCUUGCUUGGUCCAUGGCGUUUCAUUCAAGUUCUCAGUCUUUGCAUUGUAUUCUUGACAGUGGAGCUUAAUACAUUCUUUCUUAAGUUUUGUCUUUGGAUUCCUCCUCGAAACCCUGUGAUUGUGUAUCGGUUGAUCUUGUGGUGGCUAAUUGCAAUACCAACAAUUCGUGAGUACAAUUCAUACUUACAGGACAGAAAACCAGUGAAAAAGGUGGGAGCGUUUUGUUGGCUUUCCCUUGCUAUUUGCAUUAUUGAACUACUCAUUUGCAUCAAGUUUGGACAUGGCCUAUUUCCCAAACCAAUGCCUCUAUGGUUGGUAAUUUUCUGGAUGUCUGCUGGGGUGGCCCUUUUAAUAUUUCUGAUUGUGUGGUCGUGGCAACUACAUCAAACUCUGGGGAGAAAGAGACGAUGAAUUUUCCUUUGUGGUACAUCAUUCUUUGAUUCCUUGUUGUUCUUAUGGAUACCCAUCCAUUUUGUAAAUACCAAUCACCCUCAUAAAUUGUAAAUGCUUUCUCUUUGGUUAGUGGAUCACAGUUUCUUGUGCAGAGAA